AUGGCCACCGACCAGCACCAGAACCUCUGGCUCGCCCGUCAACCAGCAAGGUUCCCACCGACCAAGGCCGCCGCCUUGGAACCAAACUCCUCGCGCCGCCGGACCGCAACAGAGCACCGAGAACCGCCACCGACGCACAACACCCGCUCACGAACAAGCGACGACGGACCUCACCGGCAUCUGCCCCACGCAGAUCACCAGCAACCACCCUGGCUGCCGGCAGUGCGAAAUCCGGCGGAGGAGACGCGAGGGAAGGGGCCUCGAAACGGGGCCAGACCCCUGCCCGGCCGGCCGAACCACCCUUCGCCCCACGCCCUGCGCCCUCCUGGAAGCCGCCCCAAGUGGGGCGGAUGCCCGACGCGCCACCGCCCACCGUUCCCGUCGCCGCUCGCGCCGCCGCAGAUGCUGGCCAGGCGGCACCCGCGCCGCCCGCAGCCAUCGACCGGACGUCGCCACCAUGUCCACGAGGAGAGCCUGCACGCGCGGCGUGCUGAGCCUCCGCCAGCCGACCACGAAGAGGGGGGCCUCACCGCCGCCGUCAACCGCGCGGGCUAG